AUGAUCGUUGAGGAGGGAUACGUUUGCAUGGAUCCUGCCAAGGUCAAGGCCAUCGCCAAGUGGGCCGUCCCAACGCGCAAGAAGGAGCUGCAGUCAUUCUUAGGAUUCUGCAACUUCUACCGACGCUUCAUCAAGGACUUCAGCCACAUCGCUCGCCCGCUCCAUCGCCUUACCGGAGACGUCCCUUGGGAAUGGGGCGUUGAACAACAGCUCGCAUUCGAGGAACUCAAGCUUCGCGUUACAUCCGAGCCCGUGCUCGUCAUCCCAGUCGACGACUCCCCGUUUAGAGUUGAGGCCGAUGCCUCUGACUUUGCGACGGGUGCAGUGCUCUCGCAGAAGGCUGCUGAUGGCAAAUGGCACCCAGUCGCGUACUUCUCAAAGUCGCUUAGUGAAGCUGAACGCAACUACGAGAUUUACGACCCCCUUUAG